AUGCAGGGGAGCUUCAAAAGGACACUAGAGUAUGAACGCUCACCGCGACACUCAAUAUCGGACACUCACGACUGGAACCCCUCUCUCCCCCACACUGGACCCCCUCUCUCCCUCACUCUGGGCCCCCCUCUCUCUCCUCCACACUGGGAGACCACCUCUCUCCCCCACACUCGGACCCCCUCUUCCUCCCCUCACACGGCGCGAGUGAUGGACCCCCUGCUCGCCCUCACACCGGACCCCCGCUCUCCCCUCACAGACCGGUACCCCCUCCUCGCCUCACACUCGUGGGUACUCGCGCUCUCUCCCUCACACUCACCGGUGCCCGAGCCCCUCACUCCCUCACAGACCCGGACCCCCCUCUCGCCCACACUGUACCUCCUCUUUCUCUCCGACCUGGGCCCCCUCUCUCACUCACGAACGAACUCGUACCCCCCUCUCCCCUCCACACGGGACCCCCUCAUCCCUGCCCUCACACUGGACCCCCUCCUCAUCCCUCACGGCCCGGUGCCCCCAUCACUACCCCUCUCACUCGGAACCCUCCCCGUCUCUGCCCUCACACUGGGGGCCGGCCGCUCUCCCUCACACUGGACCCCCUCGCUCCCUCACACCGGCCCCCCUCGUCGGUCCUCACACUUGCGGGGUAACCCCCCUCUCCCUCACGAGCGCCGCUUCCCUCCAGCUCUCGACUGGGGCCGCUCGCUCGCCGCACACUGGUCCCCCUCUCUCCCUCAGGCACUGGGCCCCCUCUCUCCUCACACUGGACCCCCUACUCUCCCCACACAAGGAACCCCUCCUGCCCCCAUCAACGUGGACCGCCCUCUCCGUCCCUCACACUGGGCCCCCCUCUCCCUUCGAACACUGGACCACCUCUCCUCCGCACCACACUCGGACCGCCCUCGGUCUCCCCUCGACUGGAGCCCGCCCUCUCUCCCUCACAACCGGACCCGCCUCCGUCUCCCGUCACACCGGGGAACGUCCCUCUCUCCCUCAAUACACAUCUGGAACCGCCUCUCUCCCUCUACACUGGAACCGCCCCUCUCUCCCUCACACUGGAACCCCGCUCUCUCUCUCCCUCACACUCGACCCCCCUCUCUCCCUCACGACUGA